GGGUGUUAAUACUUUAGGGGUGGGGCAGAGGAGAGGUAAAAAACACAGACAACUGUGUUCUCUCAUGUUUAAACCUGACACAGCAAGACAGCAGCCAUUCCUGAACUAAACUGACUGAGGUAGAGAUGGAGUAUUCCACCAAAACUCUUGCUGCUGGCUGCUUUGGGAAGAUCUACAGGGAGAAGUACAAUGACACCUGGGCUGCAAUCAAGAAGGUGCCACAACACUUAAUCAAUAGGAGAGACCUGGAGAGAGAGUGUCAAGUAUACAAUAAGGCAAUUCAUCCUAACAUAGUGAAGCUUCUGGGUAAUCCAACACUCAAGGACUCUAAGUGGAUCAUCCCCAUGGAGUUCAUCUUUGGAGAAGAACUGGAGACAACCAUCUUCAAAUCACAAAAAUCUCAAAUACAGUUAACUCCAUCUGUAAAGGCCACCAUCAUCACAGGCAUGUGUGAAGGACUACUUCACCUACACAGCAAAGAUAUCGUCCAUCAGGACCUCAAGCCUGAGAACAUCAUGGUAGAGCAUGACACUCACAGAGCUGUGAUCAUUGAUAUGGGGCUGGCCAAAUUCUUCCGCAAUGGCCUAAAUUCUGCUGUGGAUAUGGGCAACGAGGCCUACUCUUCCCCUGAGGUCCUGCAGAGGCGGGGCCAACGAGACCAGCGUUCAGACGUGUGGGCUAUGGGUAAAAUCAUUGCUGAACUCUGUGCCAGGGUCAGGCUGCACACCCCUAGUGUCUGUCCGGCUAUGAUCUAUGAGAUCCUCAGUCUCCAAGGCCAGCAGUACUGUAAUGCUGUCUGUAGGAUGGUGCAGAGCGACCCCACAGUGCGAGCCACCAUGGCCGGGAUCAUGCCAGAGAUGCGAAGGGCAGGGGGAGGUGGCAACACCGGGGAGCAACAAAGAGGACAUCUUCUGACACCCUUUCCUCACACUGAGGUAAAAGACACAUCGCCACGUCCUCAUGCUCCCCCGCUAUCAAGAGCUGAGUGCACAGCCUUGCCAAAGAUUGAGGUCAAGACGACACUGCAACCACAACCCAUACAGCGGUCACCUUCCCCGGCAAGAUGGGAGCAUGCAGCCUUGCCAAUGACUGAGGUCAAGAUGACACUGCAACCACAACCCGUACAGUGGUCACCUUCCCCGGCAAGAUGGGAGCAUGCAGCCUUGCCAAUGACUGAGGUCAAGACGACACUGCAACCACAACCCAUACAGCGGUCACCUUCCCCGGCAAGAUGGGAGAAUGCAGCCUUGCCAAUGACUGAGGUCAAGACGACACUGCAACCACAACUCGUACAGCGGUCACCUUCCCCGGCAAGAUGGGAGCAUGCAGCCUUGCCAAUGACUGAGGUCAAGACGACACUGCAACCACAACCCGUACAGCGGUCACCUUCCCCGGCAAGAUGGGAGCAUGCAGCCUCUCCAAAGCCUGAAGUCAAGAACUCACCAUCUCCCCUUCCAAAGGUAGACCAGGGUAAUGCACUGGUGGUUCCAUCAGGCAUGGUUCAACCCAGUCAAGAUGUCAUGAAACAACUUCUCUUCAAAGAGGCCCCAAAGGGUCUCCCAUGCCCACUCCCUACGACGGGCAUGGUGCGAAUCCGCCGCUAUGAGCAAAGGAAUGGGGAAGUGGAGACUUGGGAGCAAAAUGAGGUAGAGACUGAAGGAGGGAGGAUAGUCAAGUUUGAGAAUGUGAUGUUUAACAACAAGUCAUAAGUAGGUUAUUGAGAGGUUGUGAAAUAGUUGGGAAUUGAUUUGACUCUGCUUCUGAAAUAGUUGGGAGUUGAUUUGACUCUGGUCACUCUCCUUCCAUCCUUCAUUGUAAAAGUCUGACAUGUUUAUGGAGAGGGGGAAGAGUAUAUUUGGGAGGUGGGAUAAACUAAUGGAAGAAUUCUAAUGUCCAGUGAAACUAUACCGGACGUACUUGUGCCUAAAAACAAAGCGACACAAUAUCCCACUACGUGAGACCAAAAUAUAUAUAUAUAUAUUAACAACAAAAGUUGUCUUGCACUGGUAAGAAGGAAACCUUGGAGUGUGUUAAGGUUGAGUAAGGAUUUAGGGAUGAUCUUGAAAGUACUAUCACUUCUUCUAAUGCUACAUCAUGUUACAAUGUUGCUCAUCUGGAUAGGUGACAGUGUAUAGAGGCACCUGGAAUCAAGUAACUAUCUUUGAAUGGUUUUGAAACCUUUUUGUUUUGGGAAACUUAUCCCUGUUUGCUAAUCAGUUGUCUCUUUAGCUCUAUAUCAUACAUUUGACUGUGUACAUACAGUACCAGUCAAAAGUUUUGGGCACACCUACUCAUUCCAGGGUUUUCCUUCAUUUGUCCUAAUUUCGACAUCGUAGAAUAAUAGUGAAGACAUCAACACUAUGAAAUAACACAUGGAAUUAUGUAGGAACCAAAAAAGUGUUAAACAAAUCCAAAUAUAUUUUAGAUUUAAGAUUCUUCAAAGUAGCCACCCUUAGCCUUUGACAGCUUUGCACACUCUUGGCAUUCUCUCAACCAGCUUCACCUGGAAUGAACAAAUUAAUGUUUUUCCAACAGUCUUGAACGAGUUCCCAUAUAUGCUGAGCACUUGUUGUUUGAUUUUCCUUCACUCUGCAGUCCAACUCAAUCCAAACCUUCUUAAUUGGGUUGAGCUUGGGUGCUUGUGGAGGCCAGGUCAUCUGAUGCAGCAUUGCUCUCCUUCUUGGUCAAAUAGCCCUUACACAGCCUGGAGGUGUGUUGUAUCAUUGUCCUGUUGGAAAAACAAAUGAUAGACCCAUUAAGCGUA